UCAGCUCAUCGGGGCCCGGGAGCUGUGCGGACCCACAGUCGCUCGGGUUACAGUCACGCACGGCGUGUAAAACGCCGGUCCGAGCGCGCAGCAGCCACCUUCUCUCCAAAAGCCCCCGACGGUCCGCUGCUCUCCGCCGCGCGCCGCGCUGACUCCGCAGAAGGAACCAUCGGGGGAGUGAAGGAAGGCGUUUUCUUUUUUCUUUUUUUUUUGUUGUUGCGUUUUUCUCUCAAAGUAGGAGAAGAAGUUACAACAGAACUUCUGCUUGUCAGCGACCCGUGUCUGUGUUUGACUUGUUUAGUUUACGGGUUUUUUGGGGGGGAGGAAGGAGAGGUGGGGAACGAGUGUCGCGGUCGUGCGUUUCGUCGCCGUUGGAGCAGCGCGUCUUGACGCGCGGUUUGUUUCUCGGUGAAGAAUCUCGGGAUAAAAAAAAGAGAAGAGCUGAAGGUUUUCCAGUGUUAUGUACAAAAAAAAAGACUGUCCUUAAGCGUCGGUGAGACGCUUGUGAGAGGAACACCGACGUUGAUUCACCUCAGCGCGCUUGCAGUACUGAAGAGGAGAAGGUUCCCCACUUGAGGGCGAAAUCAGACUUUUUUGAGGACGCCAAGUUUUGAAAAGUGCCAGAAGUCGCGAGGUCUGUCAGUUACAGCAUGCAACAAUGUCCAAGGAGGCAGAGUUGGAUGUGAGAGGCAGUGAGUGCGACGACACAGUCCCACGAGAGCCCAGCGCCGACCCGGAGCCGCCCGGGCCACCUCCAGCUAAGGCUAACAACGGACCCCCCGCCACCGCUGGCGUUUGCCCGAGCAUCCCAUCCAGUGCCCACAGCAGCAGCAGCAGCAGCACCAGCAGCAGAAGUGGUCUGGGUGGCAUUAGCAUCGUUAGCAGCAGCGCUGAGGGAGCAGGCGAAAGCUCCAUGCAGUUCAGCACCAGACCGCCUAGUGCUGAGCAGCCGGGCUUCAUGGGGACAUGGCAGCAGCAGGGCACUGACAGCAACCUCCUCUACAGAAUGUCCCAGCAGGCCAUUCGCUGCACGCUGGUGAACUGCACAUGCGAGUGUUUCCAGCCAGGGAAGAUUCACCUACGGACAUGUGACCAGUGCAAACAUGGCUGGGUAGCUCACGCCCUGGACAAGCUCAGCACCCAGCACCUGUACCACCCGACCCAGGUGGAGAUCGUUCAGUCCAACGUGGUGUUCGACAUCAGCAGCCUGAUGCUGUACGGCACCCAGGCCGUCCCCGUGCGGCUCAAGAUCCUUCUCGACCGCCUCUUCUCCGUGCUGAAGCAGGAGGAGGUGCUGCACAUCCUGCACGGCCUGGGCUGGACCCUCCGGGACUACGUCAGGGGCUACAUCCUGCAGGAUGCUGCAGGCAAGGUGCUGGACCGCUGGACCAUCAUGUCCCGAGAAGAAGAGAUCAUCACCCUGCAGCAGUUUCUGCGCUUUGGUGAGACCAAGUCCAUUGUAGAACUGAUGGCCAUUCAGGAGAAGGAAGGGCAGGCGGUUACAGUUCCCUCCUCCAAAACAGACUCCGGGAUCAGGACAUUCAUUGAAAGCAACAACAGGUCCCGCAGCCCAGGCAUCCUGACGCAACUGGAAAGCAGCAGCCCAUCCAGCAUUCACCAUUUUGAGAAUAUCCCCAACAGCUUAGCCUUCCUCCUGCCCUUCCAAUACAUCAACCCAGUCUCUGCCCCUAUGCUCGGCUUGCCCCCCAACGGCCUGCCUAUGGAGCCAUCUGCUCUCCGGCUGCGGGAGCCCAGCUUGCCAAACCAAGGUGAACAAGUGGACACCAGUGAGUCAGAAGUGUCCCUGUCACCCUUCCGCACAGGCCAGAGCCCUAGUCGCGGAGCAAUGGGACCCAUGAACAACAUUGAACCCAAAACAGAGCCCAACCACAGGGCAUCGCCCAUCUCUCCCACCCCUUCCACCCAGCAGGCUCAACAGCAGCAGCAACAACAGCAGCAGCAGACGCAGCUCCAACAGCAGCAGGGCCAACAGCAGUCCCAAAAUCAACCUCAGCAAUCCAACAGUUUAAGUGACCACCAAGUUCACCACCAAGUCCACCACCAUUUUGUGAAGGACGAGCAUUCAAAAAGCAUCAGCCAUGCUUCCUUUUCCUCCAAAAUGCAUCGCAUGCGCCGCAUGGGAUCCACCUCACGCAAGGGUCGUGUGUGCUGCAAUUCUUGUGGCAAAACCUUUUAUGAUAAAGGUACCCUUAAGAUACAUUAUAACGCUGUACACUUGAAGAUCAAACACCGUUGCACCAUCGAGGGCUGCAAUAUGGUCUUCAGCUCACUACGCAGCCGCAACCGCCACAGUGCUAAUCCCAAUCCGCGGUUGCACAUGCCCAUGCUGCGCAACAACCGUGACAAGGACCUCAUCCGUUCAACCACUGGUACACCUGUCAUCUCAAGCAGCAAGAAUGGUGGCUUUACCCUCACCAGCCCCGGACGGCCACCACUGGGCUUCACAACUCCACCGGUGGACCCAAUGCUUCAGUCACCGCUGCAAAGCCCACUGUUGUUCCCCUCCCUGAAGUCAGUGCAGCCCGUCCAGCCGGUGCCCCCGUUCUACCGCACACUACUGUCCCCAGCGGACCUGGUCAGUCCUCCAGUAUCACUGCCCACCAGCCCCAUCCUACCCACAACCACCAACAGUACCUCCCUGAUGGACCACCAACAACAACAACAUCUCCUGUCUAGUGCAGGGGUUUCACACAAUAAUGUCCACAUGUCAGAGGUAGGACCCAUGUCCCACCGCUUGCAUGUACAUAAUGCCAAUCACGACCACAACACUGGCCUUAGUGAACCUACGCCCAAAAAGAAGCCUCGCAAAUCAAGCAUGCCAGUGAAGAUUGAAAAGGAAGUGAUUGACGUAGCGGAGGACUAUGACGACAAAGAUGAUGAUGACGAUGACAUCCACCAUAAUCACCACCAUCACUCAACGCUUCUACACAACAAUAUCAAAAUGAAUGGUAACUGUAACAGCAACAACAACAGUGGCAGUGGUACUGGAAACCACAGUGGUGGUAGUGGGCAACAAUCCCCUUCCCAGGAUGAGAUGAGUCCCGGUCUAGCUAUGAGAGGAAUGAUGAGACAGAGUGAAGAUGAAUGCAGGGAAGGGACUGGUAGUGAAAGCAGGGGUGGAAAUGAUCUUCAAGGCUCUGGCGAGCUUCGUUGUAUGGGCAGCUUCACCUCUGAGGACCAGGACCACGAAAGAGACUUUGAGAACGAAUCCGAAACCUCAGAUUCCAAGAUGUUUUACCGUGAUGAGCUGAUAGAUGUGGAUGAACAGCAAAAACACAGUCGGAGUGGAAGGUGCCUGGACAAGGAACAAGAAGAUGAGGGUUGUGAGGAGGCUCAAUUCAGAAAGGAAAUGGAAGGCAAGGGUCAUUCCUUGUCCUCCCCUCAUCAGCCACCUAUAAGAAUCAAGGAAGAACUCAACGAUCCUACUUACGACAUGUUCUGCAUGAGCCAGUAUGGCCUCUAUAAUGGAGGAAUGGCGGCAGCUGCUGCUGCUGCAAGCAUGGCUGCUCUACACGAGAGCUUCAUCUCUUCAAUGGGAUACGGUGCCAGUCCGCCCAAAUUCCCUUCUUCUCAAUCACCAGAGGAAGAUCCAUGCUCAAGUCCUGACCCCAAGAUUUGCUAUGUGUGUAAGAAGAGCUUCAAGAGUUCCUACAGCAUGAAACUGCACUACAAGAAUGUGCACCUCAAAGAGAUGCAUGUAUGCACUGUGGCUGGCUGCAACGCUGCCUUCCCUUCCCGGCGGAGCCGAGACAGGCACAGCUCCAACAUCAACCUGCACCGCAAACUGCUGACCAAAGAGCUGGACGACAUUGUCCUGGACCCCCAACUCCCGCCACUGCCCAAGGACCUGCGAGCUGAGUUACUGGCCAAGAUCUACGCCGGGCACCACAUGGGCUUGGACCCGUACGCCGGGAUGGGCAUCGGAGGCGGCAGCCUCCGGCCCACUGGCCUGAACCACAGUGCCCGUUCCCUGAUGAGCAGUGAGUACCCCCACCACCCUCUCAACCACCACCGCAAAACCCCCCACGCCAACGGCUUCUCCCGGGGCCAGCCAGACAACUACAUGGUGUUGGACCUGAGCACCACAUCCAGCGUUCAAUCCAGCAGCAGUGUCCACUCCUCACACGAGUCAGACGAGGGCAGCGACGAAGGCAUCCUGUUGGAUGACUUGGAGGAGGAGGAGGAGGAGGAGGGAGAAGAGGAUGAGGGCAACAGCGAGGGGGAGGACUACUCCCAACAUGCCGAGGGGCAGGCAGAAGGAAGGCAUCGGGAUGAGACUAGAGAACUAAGAGGAGAAAGACAUGGUGAGGGGUCGGAACCUUCCUCUUCGCCAUUCCUCUUUUUGCCCACCGGGGGCAGCAACGGUGGCAGCAGCGGGAUCCUCUGCAACAUCUGCCACAAAAUGUACAGCAACAAAGGAACCCUGCGUGUGCACUACAAGACUGUGCACCUGCGCGAGAUGCACAAGUGCAAAAUCCCCGGUUGCAACAUGUUGUUCAGCUCUGUGCGCAGCCGUAACCGACACUCUCAGAACCCCAACCUCCAUAAAAACAUGCCCUUCUCUACAAUGAUAGACUAAAGAAUGACCCGCUACUCCACCCUGCUGUCAGUCGGCCCACUCCUCCUUUCAUUCCUCACCCUUAUUCUUCCUCAAAUUAGCUUUUAGUCCCAGCCCAGGGCCAUCAAAUACAAGCUAAACGCCUGUAUGCCUACUGCCCGUCCUCUGAAAGUCAUUGCAAGACAUUUCUAUGUCCCUCUAUAAAAUUCAUCGACUCUAAAUACAGUUUAUUAUUGUGACCUUUGACUUUUCCUUCUUUGGAAGAAAAGGAAGACGCUCUUGCGCAUGGAGUUUGCUUUAUAACAAAACUCCAGUCUUUUUUUUUUUUUUUUUUUCAUAAACUACUCCGUCUUUCCUUUUCAGACUUCUCCCCACUUUUUCAUGCCAACCUCCAAAGAAUCUAUUCAAACUCUUAUUUGUGACUUUGCCUGCAGAAUUGAUAGUACUGAGAAAAAAAGAAAAAAAGAAAAAAGAAAAUCUUCUCGUUGUAUUUGUGUAAUGAUAGCUUUUAAAUGAACCCGUUACAAAAGCAUGACAGCUUCAUCUGUAAAUAACGUCCCAAGAGGCUUUUGGUGUAAAAGAGUUGUGUUGAUGGUUGUUUGCUUCUUUUUUCUCUCUCGUUAUGGUUUUAUGUUACAGUCCAGUACAAUACUUCCAGCUAUAGGCAAGAAAGAGGUAGCAUCUUACUAGCUUGACUCAUUUAUGUUAGCUUCAAAGACACAUUUUAAACUGAGUCCUAGGAAAAAAAAGAAUAUCAUGUGACUUGUUUUAUCUACUUGUUAGAUAUUCAGAGGUUGCCGGCAUGCUUUUUUAGGCUCCUACACUGAUAUCACUUUUUAUUUUUUUGUCUGUUAUGUUUAUGAGCUUUAGUAUACAAAUUCAUUUUUUGCACUUUGCAUCUAUACAAGGGGAUGUGUAAUAUUAUUAUAAUGAGGACUUUUGCAAUGGUGAGUUUAGGUGUUAUUCUGGGUCAUUGAUGGCUACAGUGCAAAGGUAAAUGACAAUACCUUCAACAUACUUGUGCCAGUUUCUUUUUGCACGUGCUCGGUUUCAAACACAGAAUACGUUUCGCCUCCCCGAUCAAAAUCUGAGAUCUGCCCAAGUCGUGAAACAAAGUAUUCAGAAAGCGCCUCAAAUCCAAUCCAAGUGUGACUGAACACAAACUGCUCUUUCACAAACACACAGGAGUUAAGUGUUGAUAAAGUCCCUGCUCCUCUUUUUGUUAAAUUUGUGUACGGUGGCCAGUUAUGGUUCCGGCGAAUCCUUCAGGAGGUUGAGUGGGGAAAUCUGUGUAAAGCAUGACAUUAUUGUCACAUUGUCAAACAAAGUUAUCAGUGCAACAACUGUUUGUUUUCACAAAAGAGAAAAAGAUCAGAAUUGUCUUUCAACUGUGACCAAAACAAAAGUGUUUGCUUAAAAUCAUGCCCCAUUGAAUCAAUAUGAUGCACUUCAGUCUUAAAUCUUUUGCUGUAAUAUUUUCGGUAUCGGUUGCCAUUGCUGAGUGUCGGCUAGAAAUGUACUUUUUGAAAAAUGUUGCCAUUUUCCUGGCUGUUGUUUGCAGACAUUUUUAACAUGUCCGUGACUGUCUUACGGUACAAAUAUUUCCAGUAACUGGGCAAAGUAGCCAAGGGAAGGGGUAUUUAUUGGCGGGUGAUGUAUCUUCAUCGAGAUGUUUUUGUCCAGUAUGAGAAUAUUUUUUGUAAAAAGACAAAAAAUAAGAGAUUGUUCCUCAGUUCGACUCGUUUAUCAAUGUAUUAGCAAUGCGUUGUGUUACUAUACAUGGAGAUCUUCUCUUACUUGACUGGUGCUACACACAGAGGGGAAAAUAUGCAGUGUUAUGUGGUGUGCUGUACAGUAUUAACACCUUACAUCGAUAAUAGUGUUGAGUUCCAUUCAUUUCAUACUUAAGUCCAUGUUGCAAUACAGACAUGACCUAUUGUAGUAAAGUAUUUCAUGUCCUCAUUUUUGUUUUUUAAAGACUCCACCCUUAUGACACAUGCAGUUUUCAGUCUCUUCUGUGAGAUAAAGGGAGCGAGGAGAGAGCUGAUGCUGAUGGAAAGGUUGCGGAGGUGGAAGGCUGACUAGGGAGGAAAGGAUGACAGCAACGAUCAUUAAAAAUGUGCUGCUUCUCCGUUACCUGGAGGCGUCCCUGCCAUUCCAGCUUCUUCUGUCUAAUAACUCACUUGUCACUUCGUUACACUGCCAGGCUCCAAGGUUGCUGACAAGACUGUGACACCGAGCGAAAGAGGAAAAAGUGGGAAAGACAUUGCGCGCUCAGAACAAUUCAAUUUGACCCGUUCGUUUUAAGUUGAAUCCAAUUCAUCUAUUCCUUUUCUGUGCGUGCUUGUUCUCAUUCUGAUAAUUCGAUUGCUUUCGCGCGUUGCGUUUAUUCUCUUUGUCAGUCAGAACACAGUCAUUUAACGACCGCCUUAGCCAUUUCUUCAACCCGCCACUCACUUAUCCACCGCCACACCCCACAGCGCAGGUCCUACAGGGACACACACUAAUAGUGUAUGCUUAAGUUCACCGGACGGCCAUGGCAUAGGAAAAAAAAAAAGGGAUGGGUAAUUGCCUGUUUAUCCCAAGUGAAGGGAAAAUUGAGUACAGGAACCCCUGCCUUCUCCCUGGAGUGGGUUUCACCGAGGCGCUCGCCGCCUCAUUCAUUCAUUCCACCCCCCCCGGCUCUCGCUGUGACAGAGAAGAAAAAAAGUGCUAGUCCAGGAACCCCGCUGACAGCUGUCUCUCCGACACACAACCGUACAAACACACAUGCGCACACAGAGGAGAGUGGUACACACUCACACAUUAUUCCUACUUACAGGCCAGAGAGAUGACAGGAACAAGAUGACUUGUUAACCUCUAGUGGCGGAGGAGAUGGGGACAGAGAAACAUUCUAGCCGCAGGAAACAUCACAGCUGCCACGACAUAGAAAGCCAACGUCAUGUUAUGGAGAAGGGUGUGAGCGAGCACCGCGUCCGGAACGUAAGGCCUCUGUUAUUAUGGUCUCAAUCAAAUAUCCAUCCGCAAAUUAAUGGAGAUGUUUUACCUAAAGAGGUCUCUGUUUAAUUCAGAAAGCGUUUUGAGUUUGGACGCAGAAUAAGAAGAGCUGUUAUCUUAACAUCAGUGAACACUGCCCUAUUAACCUCAGCUUCUAUGCUCGUCUUGAUUUGAGAGUAGUCUUCAGUGCACAACCUCAGUUUGUAUUCUCGUGUGUGCCGGGCCGGGGAAAAAACCCUGAAUAAUCACAGAAAAUAUUACAGCACCCUCCUCCUACGGGCUCCUUACGGGUCCUGCAUGGUGAUGGUGACGCCAGCAGAGCUCGGGAGCUGCAAAUGGCUGAAAACAGAGCUAAGAACAGGCGAACCUCUGGGAGGAAGAAAGACUAACGAUGAGAGAAAGAGAGAGGCUGUGAGGAGGGGAGAUCGGGCUCAGAAGGUGGUCUGGAUGGAGCCUUGCGGCAUUCACUUAACAGGGCCCCACCCACCCCGUCCUGUCCUCAAUCCAAUCUUUGUCUUUCCCACUUCUCCAAGCGCAAUGGGCCCAGGUGCGUUGUGCUGCCUAGCGACCGCGGGCCGGCGGAUUCGCGAGAACACGUCACACAGAGAGCCCCAUUGCCCCCCCCCCCGGCCCCCCGACCGCUGGAGUGAAUCUUUAAUAUUUGAUAAGAGCGCCGGGCAUCAAUUAUUCUGUAAUUCUACACAGCACACAACGGCUGAAGCGGCUGACCUGUUAUUCACGGUCCGUUUUGUUCACGUCACGGAUCGAGUGAGGACAAUGGGUCUAAGCGGCGAGGGUGAGAGGUGACACCCCAAUGCAAACUUUCCAGUUAAUGUAGCUCAACAAAGAUGGGACCUCACAAGAAAUAUGCAGAUAGAAGAGAAAUACACACGCAUAUUUGUAUAGAUGCUGCAGUCUCAUGUGAAAUAUCCUAAAAUAUAUACCCUCAUUAAUUUAAACUGGAACCUGUGAAAUAUCAAGAAUUAAUUCAUUUCAUGUUUUCCAUUGUGCCAAUUAUAUUUUACAGUCUUUAAGUAUAAAAACAACUUGAAGACCUGGUGAAUUUAGAGUCCUGUUUUCAUUUAACACUGGUGCACUGGCACUCGACAGCGUUGCAUGGCUACAUCGUCACACUGCAGAGAACGAACCGAGCAGAGGAGCUUGCGUAGAAAUGGUGAUUCGGAAGCCUCAUGAAUACUGUAUGUCCCUAAACAGGUGUUUCCCAUUUGCAGACAGGACGGGAAAAAUAGUCCUCUUUUUAAAAGACUUGUUUCUUUCUAUUGUUUCUUUUUUUUUGUUGCCUUUCUUGUAUUUGUUUCUGUAUUAUAACUGUCUAUGGUUUUUGCAUAAAAUGCAUAAGGGUUUUGGGAUGUAAAUGGAAUUUUAUUCAUAUUUUGUCCAAAUACCUCUUGUAAUUUGUAUCAGAAUUCUUGUACAAUUUUUAUAUUAAAGAUUUAUCAGUCACUGG